CGCGAGCAACGGCAUCAAAUAAAUACGGAAACGACUUCAUCAGUCAGAGCGAAAUUGUCGAACAGUGUCGCCUUAAUGUGUCUGUAUUUAUACGUCACGCGUCCCGACGUCCCAAACCGAAAGUGAAGAAAGUACAGUUCACAAUCCUGCAUCCUGCCACAUGAUGCAGUUUCGCAGAUAUCUGUGUGCUCUCAUCGCCUAUAGUGGGAUAACCCUAGCUAUGCCAAUCAAAAAUGGAACAGGGACAGAGUCCAGCAACGAUACGCCACCACUGCUUCUGGUAUCAUUUGAUGGUUUUCGUGCAGACUAUCUAAAAAAAUACUCAUUACCCAAUCUUGAGAAGUUCUUCUCCGAUGGUGUCCUUGUUCAUGAACUCAUCAAUGUCUUUACGACAAAAACCUUCCCCAAUCAUUACAGUCUCGUCACGGGACUGUACGCGGAGAGCCACGGUAUACUUGCGAGCAUGAUGUACGACCCUGUGUCGAAAAAGCAUUUCUCUCUUCAAAAUGGCAGCGAUCCAUUCUGGUGGGACGAAGCCACACCGAUUUGGGUCUCCGUAGAGGAAUCUGGGUACAAAGCAGCAUCUGCUAUGUGGCCAGGAACAAACGUGGAUAUUCAAAACCACACGUUGAAAUACAAAUUUGAAUAUGACUCAAGGGUGACCUUCCAAGAGAGGCUGGGAAACUUGACGAAGUGGAUGACUGAGGACAAAUCUGUUAAGUUUGCCUCUCUAUACUGGGAAGAACCUGACCGGACGGGCCACCUUUAUGGCCCUGAUAACACAACAGAGAUGUCUCGGGUUCUGACGGAUGUGGACAAUCUUGUAGGUGUACUAAUGGAGCAGCUCAACAAAACAGGAUUAUGGGGGAAAAUAAACAUUAUCAUUACUAGCGAUCAUGGUAUGACUCAGUGUUCACAAGAGAGACUCAUUAUACUGGAUGAUUGCAUCAGUCCCAACAGCUAUACCGUAGUGGAUCUCACUCCUGUGGGCGCCAUCAUUCCACUGACAGAUAAUUUGACGGUGUACAAAAAGCUCUCCAGCUGUCACAGACACAUGAAGGUUUACCUGAAGGAUGCUGUUCCUGAUAGGCUGCACUAUAAAAACAAUGAACGGAUUCAGCCAAUCAUCUUGGUUGCAGAUGAAGGAUGGACAAUUGUUAAAAAUGGCAGACUCCCACGAUUGGGCGAUCAUGGCUAUGACAAUACACUUCCCAGCAUGCACCCUUUUCUGGCCGCCCAUGGGCCUGCCUUCCGCAAAGGCUAUACGAUGUCGAGCUUCAACAGUGUGGAUCUGUAUCCUCUCAUGUGCCACCUCAUCGGCAUUCCUCCAAUGCCAAACAACGGCAGCUUCGCUCAUGUGCGCUGCACGCUAGUUAACGAGCAGUGCGGAGAGCUGGCGCUAGCGGUGGGUAUCGUGCUCGGGGUCUUAAUAAUCCUGACCACUUUCACCUGUCUGUUCAAGCUAAUGAAGAACAGAAAUAAUUCGUCUACACGUCCAUUCGCCCGGUUGGAGUUGGAGGAUGAUGAGGAUGACGAACCUUUACUUGAAUGAACAGGUUUUUUUUUUUUUUUUUUUUAAAUGGAGCGAUUUUGAAAUGAUUCGAGCACAUGCAUGACAUUAAAGGGAUAGCUCUCCCAAAAAUGACAAAAUUCUGUCAUCUUAUACUCGCCCUUACUGUAUGUUGUUCUCUCUUUCUUCAGUGGAACACAAAAGAUGUUUUGAAUAGGGAUGCACCCAUAUGAAUGUUUUUGAAUGAUACCCGAUUCCAAUUUUAACGAAAUACUAUAGGUUUUGCUGAGUGCUAAAAAUGUACAAAGAGGUAUAAAAGCUAUUUUAUUGUAUCUCUAUAGGGCUGGGUAUUGAUGCAUAUUUCCUGAUUUGAUUCCUAUUCAAGAGCUCUCGAUUCUGUUUCCAAUGCUUCGAUAAUUGAAUAUAAUCAAUUCAUAUGAUUAUAUUUCAGUUAUAAUGUCCCUUUUACUUACAUAUGAAAGAAAUUCUCUCCCAGUUAAUGUUGUUAAUUAUAAAGGAGAUCUUCUAAUUAGGUACAUUACGAAAAUAUUAAUUUGACAAAUUAUUUUUUAUUAGUUUUUCAUCAUUUUAGUCACAUUUUUGCUUUUUAAAUCAAUGUAUUCAAUAAAAUAUGAUAAUAUAUUGCGUACAUUAUAUUUUGUUACAUAUUUAUUGUUUAAUUGCAUAAUUUCUACUAUUUACAUUCAUUUUUUGGAGCACGUGCUAAAAACCGGUACUGUCUCUUUAAGGAAACUGGGAGUUCUGUAAAUGAGCGCAUAUUAACGAGAGAGGACUCAAAUGGCUUUACCUCAUCCAUGCUAUGCAUGAUUAGAAUUAAAUGUUUAUUUUACAUUGUUGUUUCAUUGUUCAAGGUUAUCAAAAGAGACAGACAAAUGGGUCACACGGAUCUCAUCUUUGGACACACAUUACACGGAACAACUUUUAGUCUUAACAUGCUGUGAAAGGAUCUCGCUGCCGAAUACUCCACUACUAUACUACACAAUUCAUUCACUGGUGAAUGAAAUCUUAACAUUUACCAACCAGUAGCCAGAUAUAUACAUUUUUAGUUGCAUAACAUGAAAUGUAUGCAAGUGUUUGUCUCCUAUUGUAAGAACUGAUUUCGAAAUUGUUCAAAUGAAGAUUGCGAUGCAUCAGAAAUUCAAUAUUUUGACCCAACUCUAUAUCUAACAAUACGUUUCAUUGAACAUGCAUUGGAUCUAUUGAACAUAUAACAGGCCAACAUUUAAGAGAGCUACAGUUAAAGACAAAUACAAGAUUAAAUAUAAAUAAAUAUGAUAACAUGAUGAUUGAUGUGGGGGAAAAUGAUCAUUUGGACUUCUUGUUUUUGCAAUCAUUUUAUGCACAUUGAGCAUGCUUUACUUUUUACAUUUACAUUUAUGCAUUUGCCAGACACUUUUAUCCAAAGCGACUUACAGUGCAUUUAUUACAGGGACA